AUGAGUCUAAAAAGGCCAUCGGAGCUCUAUAAACACCUAAGAGUUUCCAAGAGAUAUAUCCUGGGGAAAUCCCAUGAUGACAUAGUGACAUCGCUCCCAAAAGAUGAAGAUGCCCCCGAGCUAGAGUCACGACUUCAAUUCCAUAAGCAAUUUAUGAUAGGAGCGCAAAGUAACAGAGCGGGGUUAGGAUCAAAUAGGAAAGUCCAAGAUGCGGAUAUAUUGAAGUCUUUUAUUCGGCAAGACGAGAAUGAUAAAUAUAAGAUCCAUGCAAUGAAUUUAGAAAUGCAGAACGAGUGGUUAGACAUAGGAGAUUUUUGCAUCCCAUUAGCAUUAAAAUGGCGCACUUUAAUUUAUGAUUGGUCGCCAGCAUUGCUAAAAUUCUAUCUCAAUGCGUUCCAGAUGACUCUCCCAGAUCAGAGUAAUUUAGUAAGAUGGGGUAAAAGUACCGAAAAAACUUGCUAUAUCUGUGGAAAGGCAGUUGGAACUGCUAAGCAUCUGCUGGUGGGAUGUAAGGUACUCCUUGACAGCGGUCAAUACUCGCGUCGUCACGAUAGGGUUCUAGAAGUCAUACGUGAAGCGGUUAGUCUUUCGGUAGCCAGAGCGCAAAAGGGAAUAACCACAAACGAACGAUCAGUAGGUUUUGUGAGAGAAGGCUCUAGGGCUACAAAAUCAAACGUCAAGCCUUACUCCAUCCUUAAAGCGGCGUCGGAUUGGACUAUAAUGAUGGACACGUAUGAAAAACAAUAUAAAAUCCCCGAGGAUAUUUGUGCGUCGGCCUCCAGACCGGAUAUAUUUUUGUUUUCGCGAAUUUUAAAGCGCGUAGUGAUGAUAGAGCUUACGGUCCCUUGGGAAACCAACAUCCCCAAAGACCAUACCAUCAAGGUCAACAAAUAUUACGAGCUCACAAACGAACUCACUCGAAAUAGGUUCGUAGUAGAUUUGUACGCGGUAGAGGUGGGAGCGAGAGGUAUAACAGCGAAAUCUCUCUAUAACCUACUAAAGGACUUGGGCUUGUCCAGAACUCACAUUAAUGCAUUCUUGGAACGUACAUCGAAGGCAGCCCUAGUAGGUUCUUUUCAAAUUUGGUUAGGUAGGGAGAGGAGCUUGGACAGUGGAGGUGAGCGUAUAACGCGCGUUAGUUAA